AUGAUGGAAGUGGAGGAUACCAAUGAAGAGUCUCCUCAGAGUGACGAAGGAGGUGAGCCAGAUGGAGCUUUCUUGGCAGAAGGAACAAGAACACUUGAUGUGCAGAAGGCAGCAGAACAAGUGGUACGAGAAGGGCAGAUGGUAGGGGAGAGACAAGCACUUGAGAAGGAAGAUUUUGUUGCUGAGGGAGGAGAUGCUCGCACCGAAGAGGUGGGAGAAGAAAUGGCACGGGCGGGAGAUUUGCUGCCCAAGGAAGACACAGUGGCUGUGCUGCAGGCGGAGGGUCAGCUUGUGGUGGAGGAAUCUGCACCUGGGGAGGGCACCAUGGCAGAAGAAGAUCCCGAAGGAAAGGGGACAGGGAAGGGAAUGGAGUCUGCUGCGGAGGUGGCACCUGGGGAAGUUCCGACGGAGGGGACGGAGAGCGAGGCAGCGCUGGGAGGGCAGGCACCUGGGGGAGAGGAGCCGGCAGGGGCAGGGGCACUGCUAGGCAGGGAGGCAGACGGAGCAGUGUCCGAGGGGGAGGAGGCGGCUGGGGAGGUCUCUGAGGGAGAAGAGGCUGCGGAGGAGGCCUCCGAGGCAAAGGAGGCUGUGGGAGCGACAGGGCCUCCAGUGAGGGAGGUGGUGGGUGAGACGGUGUCUGAGGCAGAGGAGGCCGUGGAGGAGGGAGGUUUUGCAGGGAAGGGCGUUGUGGCGGGUGCUGUGUCUGAGGGAGAGGAGGCUGUGGAGAAUGCCAAGUUGGCAGAAGAAGGGAUUGCCGAGGCAGUUGGCCCUGAAGGAGAAGAGUCUGUAGAAGAAGCCGUUUCUGCAGGGGAGGAGGCAGUGGAGAAGCCUGGGGCUCUCCUGGAAACAUUAGGGGAUACAAAUGUGUGCGCUGGAGAAGCAAUGCCUGGAGGAGAAGACUUUGUAAAGUCAAAGGACGCAGUGGAGGAGUCUGUGGAGCCUGGCAAGGGUCCCGUGUUGCAAGUAGCACCUGAGUUAGAGGCACUGGUGGAUGCUGGAGGGGAUCCCAUAAGUGAAGGGUCAUCUCAGUUGGAGGAGACCACAACAGCAGAGGAGGAGGAGGGCUCAGCAGAAGCACUUCCGAGUGGAAUCCCGUCUGUAGGCAGCAAAGCAAAGACAGAGUGUGCAAUGGAUGAAAAACGUGAUGGAGGGGUGAUGGGAGUAUCUGUGGAGAUAGCCAGAGCAGAGUCAGGAGGUGGAGAGGUCACGGAUGGAGCAGCAGGUCCAAGGGAGCUGGCAGCUGGGUCGGAGGGAUCGCUGGAGUGUGCUGAAGAGAGAGGGAGGGAGAGGCCUCCUGCUGAGGCGGUGGUGGAGGUGGCCGCGCUGCCUGCCCCGGGGCUGU